CCAUGCAUGGUCUGGACCCUGCACUUUCUUGUCUUUCUUCAGUGUCCCACGGGUGGCAUGAAGGAAAAGAAAGUUACCGUCAUGUUCAUCCCUGACGGCCAAGUGUCACUAAAUGCUAAAAUCGACAGACAAGGCUUCUGUGAAGGUGAAGACAUCUGCAUUAAUGCAAAGUUUGAGAACACCUGCUCCCGCAUUGUGGUGCCCAAGGCCGCAAUCAUCGCGACACACACCUACCAGGCCAAUGGCCGCACCAAGGUUGAGCGCAAGAAGUUGUCUUCAGUCCGAAAUCACAUCAUUUCUGGCAUGUGUGAUGCAUGGCAGGGCAAGACCAUCAGGGUGCCAAAACUUAAACCCUCCAUGUUGGGCUGCAACAUGAUCCGCGUGGAGUACGCGCUCAUGAUUUACGUCCACAUACCUGGCAGUGACAAGUUGGUCCUGGAGCUUCCUCUCGUCAUCGGCACCGCUGGACUCGGCAGUCGCAGCAACAGCGUUAGCAGCUACGAGGGUUCGGUCAGCAGCGCCUCUCAGAGUUGGGUUUCCCUCAAACUGCCUUCACACCCUCCCAGUUACAGUGAUGUGACCCGCGACUUCCGCCUGGACCAGCCCCUGACGCCGCUUCUCGAUGACGUUGAUGGUGACGAUAGCCCCAUCUUUAUGAACUCAACGGCCUUCCCUUUUGCACCGCCGCCAGCAUAUUCUGAGUGAUGCUGAUCAAAGUUUACUUGCAGGCUGAAGAACGCAGCGGGAACGCGCGGAUGCUGCCGGUCUGCUGAAGUCCAACACGGACUCUGGAACUGUGACUCUCAGGGACGAUCUGUGCCUAAAGGAGCAAAGUCCAUCCCAAGGAGGCAGCACUGAGGAGACGGUUUGCCUUCCCGUACUGGUCCGGUUUUCCUCCUGGUCAUCUUGACCCCGUGGACAAAUUCUGUCUCUUGGUCAUGGCCCGUCCGUCGGGACGUUCUGGUUUCUGUUUCAUUCCACUCGGCAUUUUCUCAAAGGAAGCAUCUUUUUGUUGCCGUUUUUCAGCCUGUUGUCACCUUUGACCUCACAGCGUGAUGAAAAAGAUCCAGGGUUUUGGUUUUGAUUGAUGCAUUUUGCUCCUCUGCUGCCUAGAAUAUAUCGACCUUUUACUAGAACAUUCCAGACCUGCUCGGUGGCGAUUGGCUGCUGUUUGCGAUCACCAACAUUUCAGACGUUUUUGUGACUUCUUUAUUUCAGUUAUUUCGACUGAUCUGUGUGAGAUGUGUCCUCGAUACACAAAACAUAUUUUGUGUCAAACCCUAUGGGUUGUUUUUUAAAAAUAAAUUUGUCAGUUCAGGUGACUUGUGGCUUCCUGAUUGGUUGGUGAAAUCACAUGUUUAUUAUAAUGAAAUC